AUGCCCCCGAAACGGAAGCGCAACGACCGGGAGUCCGGUGCCAACCGGCCGGCGCCUCACCGGCCCGCCGACACAAAUCUGGCGCAACAUGACCGAGACUUCACAGACGGUAGUCCAUCGCAAGGCCGUCGCGCCUCAGGUGCGGGCAGGAAUGGCCGAAGAGGGAACGAGCGGCGAGAGUCGUCACAGACGAAUCGUGCUCCGCCGUCUCCAGCCGUAUCUCGCGCCCAAAGUUCAGCAAUCCAGCCAACCACCUCGAGCGUCCCGCAGACCCCGAUUGAACCUGUCACCCCAGUAUCGCUCCAGGCCCGGUCACCGAUCACGACGAAUUUUUGUUAUACAGUGCUUACCGAAUCGCGCAUGGCCGACUGGCAGAACAGUGGCCGCCAAGACGUUAUCGAGUAUGGCAUCAAGUCCCGUAAUGACGAGGACAUUGAGGAAAUCUCGACAAUAUCUCAAGAAUUCACCCGUGCUGUGCUUGAGAGUAAGCUCAUGCCGGUUGAUGCGGGAGAAUGCAUCAAGCAGAUUCUAGGCACGUCGGACGAUACCGCCGAGGACGAGAUCUCAUUCGACUUUGACGCGCGCGCAUUGUUCCUCGAUACGAUAUCAGUCUUCGCUGACUCGGAAGAGACCGCAUCCAUUCCUCAGCUGAGAGAGUUUGUCGCUAGCACGGGACUAUCGCUAAACCUCAUACGACAGGUUCUGGAUGCGACGACACUGGAACAGCUUGGUCUCAUUCGGAGCACGUUUGUCAGAGUAGGUGUACGAUAUGCGACCAACCAGCUCUACCGGCAAGCAAACUAUAACCUCUUGCGCGAGGAAUCGGAGGGGUAUUCCAAAUUAGCCGCUGAAUUGUAUCGAACGCCCUACAACCGCGAGUUCGACUUUGCUCUCGUCAAUGCUGCCUGGGAGCGGGUCAAGGGCUUGAUCGGCACAUUCGACUUGGACGUAGGACGUGUUCUUGAUGUUGUCAUCGACGUUUUCUCCGCCACGAUGCUCAGAAAUCUUCGGUUCUAUACCCGAUUUCUGCGGAUGAGCUCUUGGUGGCCCCGGAGUCAAAUUGAGCAGGCCAAGCAAAAUUUCACUGGCGGUCUGCCGGGCUGGGCUCUGCCUGAGAACGAACACAUGAGCGCAGAUGAACUCGACGCACUACUUUUUGAGCAGUGCCUCGCCCGAGAUCGCACCUUUUGGCAGCGUGCCCGCCAAAAUCACUUGGAUGCAUUCUUCGAGUUGGGCGGCCGCGAACUGAAUGAAGAGCAGCUGCAGCGUUUCACUGACGAGCUCUCUGAGGAAAAUAACAAGGCCGACAUAACCUUGCAGUGGUUGAAAGCGACAAAGACAUUGCCACCCCCGGGCAAUCGCACCGCAGCACAGCUAUUGGGUUUCAAGUUUCGCUUCUAUACGUCUGAAGCGCGCGACAAGACCGAGACCCUUCCAGCCAACCUGUACUAUCUUGCUGCAUUCCUCAUUAAAAUCGGCUUUGUCUCCCUGAUUGAUCUGUAUCCUCACCUCUGGCCAUCAGAUGAGGCAAUGGAUGGUGUCAGAGAGCGCCGCAUUAAGGAACUCGAGGAGAAGGAGAGGGCCAGUCGACAGGGAGCUGAGCCAAACGCUCUUCUGUCAGCCGGAGCUCUGACCGACGAUACGCUUCCUACCCUUCCCAGGCAGCGAGAGCUGACCGCGAAGACUGAUGCGACCAAAGCCGACGCCUCUGAUGCGAAGACCGACGAUGAAGCGGCGCUCCCUGAACCUCGUGAGGCUCACAAGGCGGACCUUGUCACACACCUGCUCGUUGUUGGUGCCAUUCCGGAGGCACUCUUCCUGCUUGGACGGUUCCCGUGGUUGCCCGAUGCUUAUCCAGAUGAGAUCUACCCAGCAAUCAACCGAAUUCUUCUGCACUCCAUCGACAAAGUCGCCAGGGACAGCCAACCGCGCGAAGCCCGGCCUGUUCCUGCCAGCAUUGUCAAGCCAGACGUCGCCGUUGACCAAAGCGGCACGGCCAAGGGUAGUGUCAAACUCAUCGAGGGCACCGCUGCCAAGAUUCUCCGAUGGCCACAUGCCGACGGCGUAAGCAAGGGUGUGCUAUACAAGUUCUAUCUCGACGAAUGGGCAGAUAAUGUUCCCAUUUGCCAGACGGUCGAUGACUUCUUCACACUCUGCAGCACGCUGCUCAACGUUUCUGGUGUCAACAUUGGCAGAGAAGCGACAUUGGUGAAGAAGAUCGCGGCAAUUGGCGUCAAGAGCUUCGCACAAGACAUGUCCGCGGAGAAUAUGGCAAGAUGGCAGGACCUUCUACGCCGUAUCCUGGUGCCUGCACUGAGCUUUACUUCCUCCAACGUCGACGUUGUGGCUGCUGUCUGGGACCUCCUCAAGCACUACCCGACACAGGUUCGCUACAACAUAUAUGCCGAGUGCUACGAAGGUCAGAUCUCGAGGCUGCCAGCAAUGGCAAAAGUGUUCAAGGCUGCUCGUCUAGACACUCUGGCCACACUCAAGCGACUAUCCCUGCAGAACAUUUCGAGCUCCGCAAAGAAACUUGCCAAGACUGCACUUUCAUCACCGGGCAUUGUCUGCAAGGUCGCCCUUGAUCAAAUCGAGGCCUAUAGCAAUCUGAUCGAGGCUUUUGUCGAGUGCACUAAGUACUUUACAGAGCUAGGCUAUGAUGUGCUUGUCUGGUCCUUGCUCAGCUCGUUGGGUGGCAAGCAAAGAAGUCGUACCCAGGAAAGUUCCGUUCUGCUGACAAGUCGAUGGCUUCAAGCUUUGUCAAAGUUCUCCGGCAAGGUUUUCAGACGAUUCAGCAAUAUUGAUCCAACACCAGUGAUCCAGUAUGUCAACGACCAGGUUGGCCGGGGCAAUUCGACAGAUCUGAUCAUUCUGAAGGAGCUCAUCUCAUCUAUGGGUGGCAUCGUCUCCAGCAUCGACUUCACAGAGGCGCAACUCUCAGCGCUGACUGGCGGAGAGCUUCUGCGGCGACAGACCUUGAUACACUUGGGCGACAAGCGAUUUGAGUCGGACAAGAGCGCUACGAGGUUUAUGGGCUCAUUGAAGAAAACGCGUCUCGCAUCUCAACUCCUGGUCAACAUUGCGCAAUACCGACAAUCAGCAAUCUACAAGGUACCCGAAAGCGAGGCCCACGUCAAGUAUCUCGCGACUGUUUUAGACGACUCUCAACAAGCCUUGGUACAGUUCGUCGAGCUUUUGCGCCACAACCUCACGCCAGAGGAGUUCGAUGCCCUAAUACCCAGCGUGCCUCAACUGCUCACCGAUUUUGGUCUUGAGCCUGCCCUUGCUUUCCUCAUCGGUCGUGGAAGUCUUGCUUAUCUCAUGACUGGUGCUGGGCGUACCAUUCCCAUCGCUGACUCUGCAGCCCCUGCUGUAGAUGCCGAAGACGCGGUGAUGGCAAUUGCGGAUAGCGCUUCAACACAGCCCUCUGGCGAUGCUCUCGUGACCGACGAUGCGAUGGCUAUUGAUGAUAAAUCGUCAGCGGAGAAGUCGACUGACCUGCAGCAGAGCAACGGGCGCAAGUCAGAUCGCUUCAUUGAAGUUUUAGAACCCACCAUCGCAGCCGUACGUGAGCUGCUCCCGCAACACACACUGGAGAACAUCAGUCCCGAGUUCUUCGCACUGUUCUGGUCUCUGCAAACAGGAGAUCUGGCGGUCCCUAGAUCAAGCUACAAUGCUGAAUCUGUGCAUGUAGCAAGGGAGCUUGAUGACGUGCGCAGAGAUCGAAGCGACAUGAGUCGGAAUGGAGAGACCAAGAGGGAGAAAAAGACUGCUGCACUUCAACAGGUGCAGAGAGACCUCCUCGCCGAGAUCAACGCGUCCAAGGAGCGCCUCGGCAAGACCAGGCUUCUCCUCAUCAAGCAAAGCUCGAUGUGGUUCCCUGCCGCGAUUGGCAAAUCCAAUGUCGUCUCAGAUACCCUCAUCGAGGAAUGCCUCGUACCUCGCCUUCUACUAUCACCAGCUGACGCAGAAUACUGCCAUUCGAUGUUGAUGUUCCUCCACGCCAAUCAGGUGCCGAAUUUCAAGCUGGCCAGCCUGUACGACCGUUUCUUCAGUGUCAACAGGCUGCGCGCCAUGAUCUUCAGCUGUAGUGUGCGUGAGGCCGAAUGUUUCGGCCGGUUCAUCAAGCUCACACUUGGUAAUUUAUCGGGUUGGCACAGCAAGAAGGCACUUUUCGAGUCAGAAGCCGUCAAGGAGGGUCGUCUCGGUUUUGCCACAGCAUUUGACGAGGAAGGCAAGCCAACCGCGCAGAUGGACCAUGACUCCUUCCGCGAUCUGCUCUGGACUUGGCACCGAAAUCUUGCUGCUGCUCUGAGAAGCUGUCUUAAUGGCUCAGAAUGGAUGCACAUCAGGAAUGCCAUUACCGUGCUGAAGUCCGGGCUUGAGUACUUCCCUGCGGUCAACUUCAUGGGCAAGCAGUUCUUGCAAGUUCUCGGCACCAUCGCGGAACGCGAAGCAGCUUCGAAGAACGACACGGAGGAUGGCUCGGGCCAUCGUGUUGAUCUUUCAGUUACCGCCAACACGGCAUUAUCAGCACUUAAGAAGCACUCGACGAAAUGGGUGAUUGUGCAGGACUUCCGGUCAAACACGACUGGUGACGUGCCUGAUGAGAAGAAGACUGGAGGGAAGUCUUCUUCACUUCGACCGAGCGCGCCUGAAUUCAAACCUCUCCCAGACAGCACGAGAACCGUCGAUGAAGAGGACGGCGAAGUCGACGAUAACAAAUCAUCUCAGAGACCUGUUUCUCAGUCUGACGACGGGGCUACGCGAGGCGCGACUCCCAAGCUAGCAGAGAGUGACACUGUGAACAAAAUCAACGCAGUGUCACAUAGGUCCGAAAACUCUCGAAGCCUACCCAGUCGCGGUACAACACCACGCCCUCCUAACGGGUCGAGGCAGGAGUCCGGCCGGGUAUCAAGCUUGGGUCCUGCAGCCAACGCGAAGCUUCAUAGUCUACCAAGUCGCCCGGACGUCCCAAUGCCCGGCCACUUUACUCAAGACCUCAACGGACAGAUUCGAACACAAGAGACCAGAGCGGCUCGCGAUAGGGACAGCCGAGAGCCUGUGCGCGACCCAGCUCGAGAUCACCGGGAGCUGCGGGACUCUCGCGAGCCUCGCGGGCCCAGGGUCGUAGAAGACCAGCGGGCUCAGCGUCGUGACGGACAAACCCCGGAUCGUCGUGCACCAGAAACCACACCACGAGACAUCCCUCGCACAGAUCGGGACCGUUCAGCUCAUCGUUCUGAUGGUGGUCGUAGGGCUGAUUCUGGGCCACCUGAGCGCGGACAGGGCAGAGACCGUGGCGCACCUUCAUCGGGCUCUGGCCGAUCCUCUGAGACGACUCGUGGUCCCCGUGACAGUCCAUCCUUGUCGAAGGCUAUGCCGCCGCCACAUCAGGUUCCAGACGCGCAGGGUCCAUCACUCAAUCCCGAACGAGCACGUAUGAUGGGUGUCGAGCGCCCAGAAGAACGGACGGAGCUCAUCAAUCCAGCUAGAGCGGCUCUUAUUCAAGAUGUUCGAAACCCCAGUCGUCAAGACCGGGACGACAGCCGCGAGCGUCAUCAUGGCACAUCACCACGACGUGGCGAGCGUGCGGAACCUCGCAUGACGGAGGCUCGAGAUGAGAGAAGCGCUCGGUCUCAACGUCAAGAUCACCGUGCGGAGUCUGUUCCUUCGUCUGGUUCGAGACUGCCGAGGAACCCGGACCAUGAACUUGACCGUGCAGGAUUCGACAGAGCUCGAGACCCAGGUGCGUUCCAUCGGCCUGGUCCUUCUCGAGGAGAAAUGGACCAUGGACGCCUCAGUCAACAAGAUCCUGACUUUGGUCGCCUGAACGGCAACCCAUCAGCACUUGAUACAAGUGGUGUACCACCAGAAGGCCCGCGUGGCCGUGGUCGAAGCAAUCUGCGAGCUGCUUCGAGCACACUUCCGGGCCGCCCCGACAACAGAAUGCCUGGUCACGACUUCCCACGACCGCCAUCGCCUGAUCGUGGAUUCCCGCCCACUGGGCCUGCAUCAUCACGUUCGCGACGCAACCAGGGCCCCAAUCAGUAUGCUCAGCAACCCAGUUCCAACGCUUCACCUGCCGCUCCUACAGGACCAGCGGGUGGCAUUCACCCGGAGCGUCUCCGACAUCUCAACAACGCAACUGGCUCGCCAGGCCCGCCGAUUCAGCAGCCGUACGCGGCAGCGCCUUCAGCUAAUACCGUGCCUGUGCAUCCCGACCGCAUGGGACACAUACACAAACAAAAUGCGCCGCCGAGUGGGCCUGCGCCAAGGGGUCGCCCAUCAUUGCCACCAAUGCAAACGCCUGACAGACCACCAGUCGGAUCCGGACACCGUCCACUUCCCAUUGACAUGGACAGCAGCCCCAUGUCUGCGCCGACUGGGCCUGCAAGCAACGAGGGGCGUGGUCGGACUGGCGGAAGGCGGCAGCUGGACCACAUACAGAGCACGCUUGCUAGUGGCGGCUCGCGCGGAAGAAACUCACGCACCAUGGCGGGCUCCGAUGCACAGGUCCUAACGGGAGCUUCACCUGUGUCGACUCCUGUCCAUGAGCGUAUGGAUCCUCUGCAGCCGAGCGAGCGAGGCACAAAUGGCGCCGAUCGGCCAGAUCGCCACGACCAUGAACGUAGCCGCCACGAGCAAGAUGGUCCAGAUCGUGCAAUCCGUUCCGGUCAACACGGCGGCCGGGAGCGCAGCCCUGGCAGGGAUAGAGGCUCAAAGGAUGUGAGAGACAGCAAGUCUGGAGUGCCCCCAAACCUCCAUUCUGGCCGUGAACGCGAAAGGGACUCGUCCUCGCGCAGGUCUGGUCGCGAAUCGGGAGCACCAGGUCGUGACAGUCCUGCUGGGUUUAGGAGUGGGGAGGUUCCUUCGGGAGGGCGCGAGAGAAAUCGAGAUUCACGUCAUCGUCAGGAUGGUAACGGCGGCGGUGGCAGCAGCAGGCACGACGAGCAAGGCCGGGGCAGUGGAACAGGCCGAGGCAACAGCAACAGUGCUGGCGUGAGCGGCGGGCCCCGAGGUCCGGGAGACGAGCGGCGCGAAUCGCGCAGAGGUGGCGAAGAACGGUCAUCCAGGAAGCGCCAGAGCGAAGAGGGAUUUGGGGGGCCAGGCGGAGUGCCGAGCGAAAAGAGACAGCGGCGUUAG